ACUCUCGACCCAUUCACUCUCCUCCAAACCUAUGAUUCCGACCUCAACCCUUCUCGCCCCGUCAAGUCCUCCCCGCUCGCCUCCUCCACAAUCGCUGGUCUACCCCUCGAACUCCUCGACCGCCUCAAAGCCUUCCCCCUCUUCCGCUCCGCCCCCGAAUCUUUCCUCCUCAGCAUUGGCCGCAGCCUGCGUCCCAAUGUCUACGUCUCCUCCCAGGAGAUUAUCCGCGAGGGGGAAGAUGCAAAGGCUAUGUACUGGCUGGUGCGCGGCGCCGUCCGUGUCACCAGCCGCGAUGGCGAGAGCACCUACGCCGAGUUGAAGCCUGGGGCUUUCUUUGGGGAGAUUGGUAUCCUGAUGGACGUGCCACGCACAGCGAGCGUGGUGGCCGCUGUCAAGAGUAUGGUGGUGCGAUUGAACAAGGAGGACCUGCAGAAAGAGCUCCCGCUUUACCCGGAGGUGGAGCGAGCUAUUCGUGAAGAGGCAGUGGAGCGGUUGACAAUUUUGGAGCGGAAGAAGCAGGAGCGGAGAACGUUGGUUGUCAAAGCCGACGGUCACAUGCAACCUCCCGCGGCGCCCAGGAAACGUUCGAGAGAUUGGAUGGCGGGAGAUGUGGAGAUGGGAGAUGUUGGAGCAUUGAUUGAUGGGGAGGUUGUAUCGAACAAGAGGAGGAAAUCCCCGUCCCCUGGUCUAGCAGAGAUCGCGGCCGGCGGUGCGGCAUUGGACAACACCCCCUUAACCAUCCGCGAGCUUCUCAAAGAGUUGCCGCUCUUCUCUGGCCUGCCGAGCGAGAUUCUGCAUUUCCUGGGCCUGAAUGCGCACCCGAAAUCCUUUGCCCCGUUCACCGAAAUCCUCAAAGAAGGCAGCAUGGGUCGGGAUGUCUACUUCAUCAUCAAGGGCGUCGUGGAAGUGGUGAAAGCUGCGCCGGAAGGGAGAAGGAGUUCCGCGUCAUUACACACGAAAGCCGAUCCCGUGCGACAAGAAGUGAAGGCGAGACUCAAGACGGGCCAGUACUUUGGGGAAGUUACCAGCUUAUCUUUGGCGCCCAGACGUACUGCAACGGUGCGAAGCGUUAGUGAGGUGGAGUGCUUGACGAUCAGCGGAGAAGUGUUGGAUCAGUUGUGGAAGAUGUGCGACGGCAAUGUGCGGCGACAAAUCGAGCAUGAGGCGAAACGACGACUGGAGGAGGCGAAGAAAGAUGCCGACGUGCAGAUGAAGGAUGUGGAGGCGAUCGGUGGCCCAGCACCCAUUCCCGUGAAGCAAGUGCAAGCCGAUGGGGCGCAAGAUGAGCAAAAUGACUGGCGAGCGGAGUUGCCAACGGUGGUGUUCGACGAGCCGCCUCUCGACAUCGCCGCCGGCCACUCUCCCCAGAUCGAGCCCAUCGACCCGGACCCGUUUUUCAAUCCGGACCUCGACAACAUUCGCGCCAAAUCUCGACGCUCAUCACUUGCCCCGCCGCUCCCAGGCCCCGAUGGACAGACUUCGCCGCUCUUCGCAGUGGAGCAACGCACACCGAGUCCGCCUGCUAUCCGGCUGCUUAAUUCCUCUCCACUCCGCCCUCGUGAUGCUCCCGCGCGAACUGCAUCGCCCUCAUCGCCAGCAAUAGUCUCGCCAGCAGUCUCACGCAGACCGAGUCUGGCCCGUCCGCCUUCCACUCUUGCCGAAAAACGACUUCCAGAGUCCAUACUCGCGCUCGUGUUCCAGCACCUCGAUCUCCUCGAUCUCAUGCGCCUACGCCUUGUUUCGAGACACUGGUGGCAAUUCCUCAACACCUCCCCCGACAUCUUGCAUCAUCUCAAUCUCUCACAGUACAACCGAUACGUCACCGACGAAGUGCUUCGAGACAUCAUCGUGCCCUUCGCCGGCAGUCGACCCAAGGAAAUCGAUCUGAGCAACUGCUUCCACGUUACGGACGAGGGUUUCCGCUCCCUGACCGACGCGUGUGGCGAGGGCGCCAAAGUAUGGAAGAUGAAGAGCGUUUGGGACGUGCAGGGCCCUGCUGUACUGGCAUUGGUCGAAAAAGCUAAGGGCCUAGAAGAGAUUGAUCUGAGCAAUUGCCGGAAAGUAGGCGACAACCUCCUCGCGAGAGUUGUAGGCUGGAUCGUGCCCAACGACUUGGGUGGCGGCGCUCUCCAUCCACAACAGCCACCGCCACCUCCACACUCCAGAAGAGCAGGGAACAGACAUCGACAACAGCAACAACUGCCUCUGACAGCCACGCAAGCCAACCAGCCUCCUCCACCGCCCGGCACAGUCAUAGGCGCUAGCAACCUCAAGCGCCUCACCCUGAGCUACUGCAAACACAUCCAAGACCGCAGCAUGGCGCACAUCGCCGUGCACGCCUCCGAGCGCCUCGAGAGCCUCGACCUCACGCGCUGCACCAGCAUCUCCGACGCCGGCUUCCACUCCUGGAGCAUCUACGACUUCAAGAAUCUCCGCAAGCUCGUGCUGGCCGACUGCACGUACCUCACCGACCAGGCAAUUGUGGGCGUCGUAGGUGGCUGCCGCAGCUUGCGCGAGCUGGACUUGUCUUUUUGUUGUGCGCUCUCUGAUACGGCCACGGAAGUCCUCGCGCUCGGCUUGCCUGCUCUGCGAUCCCUCAAUAUGGCCUUCUGCGGCUCCGCUGUGUCGGAUAACAGCCUGCGCUGUAUUGGACUGCACCUCCUCGAAUUGCGGUAUUUGUGCGUCAGAGGGUGUGUGCGCGUGACGGGGCAAGGGGUCGACAGUGUUGUUGAGGGGUGUCGGCACUUGGAGGAGCUAGACGUGAGCCAGUGCAAGAAUUUACGGCCUUGGCUUGACCGAGGCGGGGUUCAGAAAGUGAAUGGUGUCUGGAAGCGGAAGGUUGUGUUUAGCACUGUGGCUGAUGGGACCUGGAGG